AUGAGUUUUGGUGGAAGAUCAAUCAUUUUGGUAGGAGAUUUGGGACAACUACCUCCUGUUAGUGACAAACCACCUUAUGAUAGUAAUGUGCGUGCAAAAUUAUUAUGGCAAGAGUUUAAGAUAGUUGUUACUUUGGAUAAGGUGUUUAGACAAGAUGGAGAAACUGAAGACCAACAAAGGUUUCACCAAUUACUCACAAAUAUUAGAGAUGCACAUCCAACUAUAGAUUGGAAAUUAUUGAUGACAAGAAUAGAUGCUUCAUUACAUCCAACAAUUAAGGAGGAGUUUGAUAAUAAUAUUCAUCUAUUUGCAACAAAUGACAAUGUGCAUAACCAUAAUAGAAAAAAGUUAUAUGCAUUGAGAAGACCAAUAGCCCGAAGCAUUGCAAGUAAAGAAGGUAGUACUAAUCCAGCAGGAGGUCAAAAUGAUGAGUUAGAUGUUGAAUUAUUAAUUUCUAAGGAUGCAAGGGUCAUGUUAACAUCUAAUUUAUGGAUAGAAGCGGGUCUUGUGAAUGGAGCUUUAGGAUACAUCCGAAAUAUCAUAUACAAACCUGGAUGCACCCCACCAAAUCCACCAACAUAUGUUAUGGUUGAAUUUGACAAUUAUUUUGGACUUCCUUUUGAAGAUGCAUCUCCUAAUUUGAUUCCUAUUUCACCAAUACAAAGGGGCCGUACACGUCAAUUGCCACUACGAUUGGCUUGGGCACUAACAAUCCAUAAAUCACAAGGAUUGACUCUUUCAAAGGCAACAAUUGACAUAGGACCAAGAGAAAGGGCAGGAUUAACAUUUGUUGCUAUAUCACGUGUUAAGGCCUUGGAUGGAAUUAGAAUCUCACCACCAUUUUCAUAUGAUCGUUAUGAAAAAAUGAAGACAGGAAAGCAACUUGCCAAAAGGAAAGCAGAGGAAGAAAGACUCAAAUCUUUGGAAACAUAA